AUGUCGUCCUUUUUAAGUGGAGGUGGAAGAGCAUAUAGAUUAGAUCUUGAGAUUAUUAAAUCUCCAUCAACGUCUUGGACUUCAAAUUCAUCUUCUCCAUCUUCAACUCUCUCUGAAUCCAGCAAUUCCCCUCUUGCAAUCUCCACAAGAAAACCUCGAACCCCUCGAAAAAGGCCUAACCAAACAUAUAAUGAGGCUGCCGCAAUUCUUUCCACAGCCUACCCUAAAUUAUUCUCCAACAAAUUCACGAACCCUUGCAAAUUUAACAAACCACAUAGUAGGAACAAUGAUAUUGCAUUUCCAUUCGAGCCCCUGGACUUGGUUUUAAUCGAUAAUUCUGGCUACUUGAUGCAUCCACCAAUACAAGAAAGGCCCACCUUGCCAAUUAAGUCCAAAGGUGCUAAUUCUAGAGUGGAUUCAGUGGAAUUCUGCGACGAGCUUCAAGAAGAUUUCGAUGCAGAAUCGAUACUAGAUGAGGAAGUUGACGGUGGUAUUGAUAGUAUAAUGGGAAAUCUAAGGACUGAAAAUGAGUUGGUAGAUGAUUCCAAUGCUUAUAUUAGCCAAGCGAAUAAUUUUGUUUAUGGUUAUCCAAUAGGCCUAGGAUUUGAAGAUGCAUCUGAUUUUGGUUUUGGCGUGAGAAGUGAAGUGAAGGCAAUGAGAAAUGUUGACGAGGGAGAUUGGUGGAGGUUCCCUAGUGUCAAUGUUCUUGAUAUCAAUCCAAAAAUGGGUAAAAAUCCCACGGAAAAGAAGAAAAAGAAGGUUGAAAAGCCAUUGGAGAUUGAAAAUUCCGAAUUAGUGAAGGAGUAUGCGAUUUCCAAUGGAACCAGCGAGCAGAACUCAGCUAAUAAACCUUCUAAAGACGAGGCAAUUCCCAAACCAAAUGCAGGGUUGCUCCUAAAAUUGAACUACGACAAAGUUUUGAAUGAGUGGUCCGAUAAGGGGUCGCCGUUUUCCGGUGAAGCUCCGGGACCCGACUCCCCCGGCAAUGAUAUUCAAGCUCGAUUGGCUCAAAUAGACUUGUUCUCUGAGAUUGGUAGUGUGAGAGAUGUUAGUGUGUUACGCUAUAAGGAAAAACGACGUACACGUCUUUUCUCUAAGAAGAUCAGAUAUGAAGUCAGAAAAGUCAAUGCUGAUCGACGACCUAGAAUGAAGGGACGCUUUGUUAGAACGCCAAAUUCUCCAGAGAGUGAGCAGUGA